AUGACCGAGCGCAAUCUGGACAUCUUCGAGAGCAAACUCUCCGAUCCCAAUACAGAUCUUCGAACAAAAUGCAACUUCCUCAUCGAGAUUCGUGAUGGCAUGGACCAUUGGUGCCAGGGCACCACCUACCCUGUCUUUCUGCAAAAGUUUGUCCCCGUCUUACUCGAGAUCCUCAGUGGCUCUCCAGUCUUCAUUAGCACAUCGCCGGAACAGCGACUACGAAACUGCGCCCUCGAGAUCCUACAUCGCUUGCCUAUGUCUACGCCGGACGUAACUGAUCAGUAUGCUCCACAAAUCGUCGACAAGUUGUUGGAACUCGCGCGUAUCGAGAACGAGGACAAUGCUGUACUUUGCAUGAAGAUCAUUAUGGAGUUUGAGAGGAACCACCUGAACUCAUGCGCAAGCAAAGUCCAGCCAUUUCUGGAUCUCAUCUUGGAGCUGUUCCAGACCAUGGACCAGACCGUCAAGGAUACUUUCGAUACACCAGCAGCCGCAGGUUUGUCUACUGCCGUCGCUCCAGGCACACCACAGUACAACUCUCCUAGGCCCGCGUCACCGGUCGCAUCAACAACAUCCUUGGCUGCUGAAGUUGGUAGUGACCAGCCUCAAACUCGACAACUUCAAAAGGGAACACAGUCAUUCAAGCUCGUCGCAGAAUGCCCUAUUAUCGUUGUUAGCAUCUUCCAGGCACAUCGUAGCAUGGUAGCAAAGAACGUCGAAGCAUUUGUUCACCGUAUCAAGGCAAUCCUUUCACUCCAAGCUGGACCACAAAAGAGAGCACACGAGGAGGCUAGAGAGAAGGGAACAACAUUCGUUGGUGUGGCCAAGGACAUCAAGAACCGUGCGGCAUUUGGCGAGCUUGUCACUGCUCAAGUGAAGACUAUGAGUUUUUUGGCCUACUUGCUGCGCGUCUACCAGAAACUUCUCGCAGACUUCUUGACAGAGCUUCCAGAGAUUGUCGUGCGUCUUCUACAAGACUGCCCCAGAGAGAAGUCUAGUGCACGAAAAGAGCUCUUGGUUGCUAUCAGACACAUCGUCAACUUCAACAUCAGGACCAUUUUCUUGCCAAAGUUGGACGAGUUGCUCGACGAACGCACUCUGAUCGGCGACGGCUUGACAGUUUACGAAACAUUACGACCUUUGGCGUUCACUAUGUUGGCUGAUCUGAUUCACCAUGUGAGAGAAAACCUGAAACCAGCACAGAUUGAGAAGAGCAUCUUUGUCUAUACCAAAAACUUGCAUGACGACUACCCCGGCACUAGCUUCCAGACCAUGAGUGCAAAGCUACUGCUCAACAUGGCUGAGUGCAUGGCCAAGGUCGAAGAUAAGCAGGAUGCGCGCUACUUCCUUACCUUGGUGUUGAAUGCAAUUGGCGAGAAGUUUGCAUCGAUGAACCGCCAGUACCACAACGCCGUCAAGGCAUCUGCACAGUAUGCGGAGACCACCAUGGAGGCCGGUGCUGAAAACUACCUUGCCGAUGUCAACCAAAAACCCGAAUGGGACGAGAUUGACAUCUUCAAUGCAACACCUAUUAAGACGAACAACCUCAGAGAUCGUGGAUCAGACCCUGUAGCAGACAACAAGUUCUUGUUCAAGAACCUUUUGCACGGCUUGAAGACGCUCUUCUAUUCGUUGCGUGCCUCAAAUCCUACUCGUAUCCGAGAUGAAAUGGAUGCAGCCAACGUACCUCCCAAUUGGCAGGAUGUUUCUUACGGAUUCAAUGCUGAGGAGGUCAAGGUGCUCAUCAAGCUGUUCCACGAGGGCGCUCAGGUUUUCCGAUACUACAACGCAGAGAAGACACCCACGGAAACACCCAUGAUGAACCCAGUCGAGUUCUUGGCCAACAACCACAUGAUGAGCAGUGGAAAAGAAGAGAAAGAUCUUCUUGAGACUUUUGCAACCAUCUUCCAUCAUAUCGACCCUGCCACGUUCCAUGAAGUGUUCCAAGCCGAGAUUCCACACCUCUACGAAAUGAUCUUCGACCAUCCCGCUCUACUGCACAUCGCACAAUUCUUGCUCGCUAGUGAGGCAACAUCUCCUGCAUUCUGCGGCAUGAUGUUGCAAUUCUUGAUGGGCAGGUUAGAGGAAGUCGGUACUUCCGAUGUGCAGAAGUCUAGUGUGCUUCUCAGGCUCUUCAAGCUGUCCUUCAUGGCAGUCACCCUUUUCUCUGCACAAAACGAGCAGGUCCUGCUACCGCACGUCACCAAACUCAUCACAAGAUCCAUUGAGCUAUCAGUGACCGCUGAGGAUCCCACAAACUAUUUCCUUCUCCUCAGAUCACUCUUCAGAAGUAUUGGAGGUGGCAGAUUUGAGAACCUUUACAAGGAAAUCCUACCUUUGCUGGAAAUGCUGUUGGAAGUUUUAAACAAUUUGCUCACUUCUGCGCGCAAGCCUCAGGACAGGGACCUCUUUGUUGAACUGUCUCUGACUGUACCUGCCCGUCUCAGUCAUCUGCUGCCCCACCUGAGCUACUUGAUGCGACCGCUUGUAGUGGCUCUUCGUGCUGGUUCUGAGCUUAUUGCGCAAGGUUUGCGUACCUUGGAACUCUGUGUCGACAAUCUUACUGCUGACUACCUCGAUCCUAUCAUGGCCCCUGUCAUCGACGAAUUGAUGGCUGCUCUGUGGGAUCAUCUCAAACCCCAACCCUACAGCCAUUUCCAUGCCCACACUACUAUGCGCAUUCUCGGUAAGUUGGGAGGUCGCAACCGCAAGUUUCUCACCUCACCUCCUGCUUUGGAAUACAAGCCGUAUGCGGACGAUGAAGCUAGCUAUGACAUCAAGCUCAUCGGCUCCAUGAAAGACAGAGCAUUCCCAGCAAGGCUAGGUAUUGAUGUCGCUAUCGACAAGCUCAGAGAACAACCAAAGGCGGCCGCAGCGAAGAAAUCUGAUGCUUUCCACAAGCAACAAGCACUCAAUCUUGUCAAAGCUCAAAUCAAGCUUUUGGUCGGAUAUGACAAUCUUCCGGAUGACUUUGCAAGACUCGUUCGCUUGCAGGCGAACGACUUGUUCGACAAGAACUACGAUGUUGGACACGAUCUGUUUUCGAAGUCGGAGCGCGAGAAGUCCGUCGCGAAGAAAGACGCCCAGCAAGCGACCUUGCUCAAAUUGAUCAAGGCUGCCAUGCUAGCUGCCGCAGUCCCCGAACUCAAGCAGGACGUGACACCCUUCUUGGACGGCCUCUACAAGCAUUUGACUAUUCUCGAACUUGGACGAUCGCUCGGUCAAGAGAAGCACGCUAAGCGCCCCUUCGAGCCAUUGUCCGGCGAAGGCCCCGUAUUUGUCGACAGUAGGGUGAUUGCGGAUGCAAUCGCCGACACUUUGUCCUCAGACUCUGCAGAUGUUCGCGAUGUCGCUUUCAACGCUCUGGACACCAUGUGGAAGUCGGCAGCCAUGAUUUUUGGGGCUGAAGAUCGCGUCGAGCGCUUGCCGUUCUUCCGCGAGCUCACAAAAUCUCUCAUUCAUCACUGCUUCGAGGAAGAAUGGUUCUCAAAAUCUGGAGGUACUGCUGGUAUCGAUUACAUCGUCAACAAGCUGAACUUCAGCACUGCUUGGUUGAAAGACCGUCAACUUGAGCUCAUCCGAGCCCUUUUCUUCGUGAUGAAGGAUAUGCCUCAAGAUCUUCCAGCCAAUGUACGUGUUCAAGCCAAAGACGUGCUGCAGGACAUAAUCAGAAAAUGCAACCAAGGCACACCAACAACUGAUAUUGGCACGGCGAACACUCUUCUACAUAAUGUGUCGAACAAACUCGUUGGGGAAGUGUCACACAUGAACCGACAUGUUCGUGAGGCAGCUCAAGAUGGUCUUCGACUGCUUGCAGAGGUUGUUGGUGUCAAGCUUUACGAGAUCGUCAAGCCGGUCAAGGAGUUGGUUCUUCAACCUAUCUUCAACAAACCACUUAGAGCGCUACCCUUCGCAGUGCAGAUUGGAUAUAUCGAUGCCUUGAAUUUCUGCUUGGACAUGGAGAACGAGGUCUUACAAUUCGAAGACCGUCUCAACCGAUCACUUAUGGAGACAUUGGCUCUAGCGGACGCUGAAGACGAGACGCUUGCACCAAAGCCAAUGGAGCACAGAAGCGCUGAGUCAAUCGUCAACCUCAGAGUCUCUUGCCUUCGUCUGCUGACUACUGCAAUUCGUCUGCCUGCGUUCAACAACUCUCCGCACGCGCAACACCGCAGCCGUAUCAUCACUGUCUUCUUCAAAUCUUUGUACUCGAGAAACGUCGAAGUCAAGACGACCGCCAAUGCUGGUCUGCAAAUAGUCCUACAAGCUACUCAGAAGCUACCCAAGGAUCUCCUCCAGAGCGGCUUGAGGCCCAUCCUUAUGAAUGUUCAGGACCCUCGCAAGUUGAGUGUUGAGGGCCUUGAAGGUCUGCGCACACUUCUCCAGCUUCUUACCAACUAUUUCAAGGUUGAGAUCGGUUCUCGUCUCUUAGACCAUAUGAAACAUAUUGCGGACGCUCAAAGCCUGCAAAAAGUUUCAUUCUCUCUCAUCGAGCAAAAUCCUAAGAUGCGCGUUGUUACCGCAAUCUUCGGGGUCUUCCAUCUUCUUCCUGCUGCAGCCGUGCAAUUCCUCCCUACGCUGGUCGAAAGGGUUCUUGAGCUUGAACGUAGUCUGCGCAGAACUCACUUCAGUCCCUUCCGCGAGCCAUUGAUUAAGUACCUCAACCACUACUCAAAGGAGGCCUUGGAGCACUUCAGUGCAAACUUGAAGGACGAGGCGAAGGGCAGGUUCUUUGCUCAGAUCCUCUCAGAUCAGGCAGCUGCGCCACUGCGUACAGCCGUGAUGGAAUCAGAUUCUUUCUGGUCGCCAUUGACUGGAGAAGGGUUGACCGAUGCCGAAAAAGAUCAAGCAGCAGUCAAUGCUGUCCAUGUCGCUCUGUCUUUGUCAGAGUUCUCUGAGUCUCGUGCUUGGCUCACGAAACACGACAAGACGAGAUUGGCUCUGUUUGAGGCAGCCCAAUCGUUACAGAAGAAGUUGCAAAACAAGACAUUGGCUUCGCCACUUCGUCUACCAGUCGAGCAGGUUGGCGAUCAGCUUAUGAUCAUCCUCACAAGAUACCUGUCCGAAAAGCCGGAUGAUCUGGAUUUCUUCUUUGAUCUCGUUCAAGCCUGCGCCAACGAUGAACUUGCAGAAUCACACCGCUUGUUCCACUUCAUCUAUGAGUUUAUCAUCACCAGCACAUCAGUUGAGUAUCAACGUUCAGUUGCCGUGCGCUGCAUCGAUAUCUACACCAACCGACAGAAGACACCGCGCAUGAAAUCAUUCGUGUUCCACUACAUUCUGAACCCUGUCUUCGCCAUGGACAUUCAACGCAACUGGGAGAGUCUCUUCGGCAACAACAAGGGUACUGAGCUUUUCGACAAAUCCAUGACGGACAUUGUGCACGCCAAGUUGUGGAAGCCGCAAGCCAACAGUGACAUCUCUGAAGACCCUACCCAGCCUGGCGUCGAUCAGUCAAGGAUGGAAUUGAUUCAGCUGACUUCUAUGCUUCUUAAGUAUCAUCACAAUAUGCUGUCUGAUGCACGCAAGGAUGUGAUCAUGUUCGGAUGGACAUAUAUCAGACUUGAGGAUACCAUCAACAAGUAUGCUUCGUACGCAUUGAUCUCAUACUUCAUUGCCCAUUACGACACUCCCGCUAAGAUUGUUGUACAAAUUUACGGCAAGUUACUGGGAGCACAUCAAGCUGAAGGUCGACCACUCGUUAUGCAAGCUCUUGAGAUUCUUGAGCCCGUCCUUGUCAAGAGAACCGGUGGUGAACAAGCAAGAGCACCUGCUUGGACUCGCAUUCCUCGUCGCAUUCUCAGUGAAGAGACUUCGAACACGCCACAGCUCACAAGUAUCUUCCAAUUCCUCGUUAGACACCCUGAUCUCUUCUAUGAGGCUAGAGAGUCUUUCGCAUCCAUUAUCAUUCCUUCGCUCAAUAAGGUCGCACAGUUGCCCAAUCCCUCAACUGAGAACAAGCGACUGGCUAUCAACCUCUUCAGCAUGAUCUGGCACUGGGAAGAACGUACUGUGAAGGAGAACGGAUCGCUCUCCGGUCCUCAGUCUCCUAACAACGAAGCACCUGCUACAAACAAGAAAGCCGCUUCAGCUUCGUACGCCCUCCGCACGAUGAUGAUAAAGUACAUGGUCAACUUCAUCGCUAUUCUGCCUGAAAGAUUCCCUGUCCCGAGCUCUACCGACGAUGGCAAGGAUGCCAAGGAAGGCAAGGAGCGGCCCACUGCAACCUCCAACGAGACUAUAAGAAAGUCGCUAGAAUUACUGUGGCGGUUUUUGUCGCUGGGCUAUUGGGAUGACAUUGAUGUCGAUGCCAUGUUCCCCAAGGUCACAGAACAGAUUCUUCUCUCCGAACCCAAGCAGGAUGAGAAGAUGGAGGCCUGGACCAGUCGUGUCAUCAACACAUUGCAGAUGCUUCGCUCGCUCAUCAAUGCCAAAUCUGACGAGUGGAUUGUGGCUCGUCUGCCUCAACUGCAAAAGCUCCUUGCUAAACCAUUGAAGAGCGAGAUUGCUGAAAUCCAGGACUGCUUGCAUUGCAACAAGCCAGUCGAAGGUUUCCCUGAACUGAAACCCUUGAUGAAGGCAAUCUUGGACGCAAUCCCUCUACAGCAAUCAGAAGAAGACCUGCCUGAUGCCGAGAGUCCCACGGAGGAAUUCACCAAUUUCCUCUCUACUCUUGCGGGUGAUUGCAUGUCAGCUACUGGUAAGGACACUCAAGCUCAAACCGCUGGUAUCAAUAUCCUCUGGACUCUUUCCCAGCGGAAGGCCGAUAGUGUUGACACUCACAUUCCCGCUCUUCUUAAGGCUCUGCAGGGCAAUCUAGCGAAAAAUCAUCUUGCAGCUCAGAUGCCUCAGCAAGUCACCACUGCAAACGGAGUCGCAGCUCAGCUUCCCGCCAAUCCUCAAGAGGUCGACCUCAACACUGUCUUGAUCAUCAGAGUGAUUGAGAUGCUUUCAGCUCGUAUUGCUGCACUUGGCGAGCAGCGCAGGCCUUAUUUGAGUGUUCUCGCCUCGCUCGUCGAGAGAUCGCAGAACAACACACUUUGUGAAAAGAUUCUCAGCAUGGUCGAAGAAUGGGUCUUCAACUCAACAGAGCCCGUCCCCACUCUCAAGGAGAAAACUGCUGUGUUGCAGAAGAUGCUCAUGUUUGAGAAUCGAUCCGAUUUGACGCUCUACCACAAGUUCCUCGAUCUUGUCAUCAGAAUCUACGAGGAUCCUAAGAUUUUCAGAUCUGAACUGGCUGUGCGCAUGGAACAUGCUUUCCUUAUCGGCCUCAGAAGCCCUGAUAUCCACAUGCGCACUCGUUUCAUGACUAUCUAUGAUCGCAACCUCAGCCGCACGGCUGCCAACCGCUUCUUCAAAUUGCUGGCUGAGCAACAGUGGGAUGUGCUUGCCGACAGCUUCUGGCUUAGUCAAGUCAUCCACCUCAUGUUCGGUUCAAUUGACAUGAACAAUUCAUUGAGGCUGCACAAUGAUGACUUCAAGUGUCUACCCGCCUCGAAGCUCUUCAACACACACUCCGCAGAUCCACGACUUGCUGACCUUAUGCUCGAUUCUGAGUUUGAGAACUUCAUUGCGAGCCACAAGCGCUUUGUGCAAGAGCUGGGCGAAGUCAAGACGAGAGACGUCCUUGAACCAUUGGCUAAUCUUCAGCACACUGAUUCAAACCUAGCUCACGACAUCUGGACUGCCUAUUUCCCUUUGAUCUGGUCGAGUCUAUCAAGAGAUGAUCGUGAGGAUAUGGAAACUGGUCUGAUCAACCUUUUGACCAAGGACUUCCACCAACGCCAAACAGAUAAGCGUCCAAAUUGCGUGGCUACUUUGAUCGAUGGCAUCGUCCGUGCCAAACCGCGUGUCAAGUUCCCACCACAUGUUUUGAAGUUCCAGGCCAAAAACUACAAUGCGUGGUACAGUGCAGCCACUUAUAUCGAAGAGCUGGCGAUGAAGCCCAUCGUUGAUACUCCUGCGACUCGCGAGAGCAAUCUCGAUGCACUAGUCGAACUGUACGCCACUCUUCAAGAAGAUGACCUCUUCUAUGGCACUUGGCGUAGAAGAUGCCAAUUCGUCGAGACGAAUGCUGCUCUCUCGUACGAGCAGAAUGGCGUCUGGGACAAGGCACAAGCAAUGUAUGAGCAAGCCCAAAUCAAGGCUCGUACUGGCUCGAUUGCGUUCUCACCUGGCGAGUACAUGCUUUGGGAAGAUCACUGGGUUUACUGUGCCGAGAAACUCCAGCAAUGGGAGAUUUUGGGUGACUUUGCCAAGCACGAAAACCUGAACGAUCUCUUCCUCGAGGCAACCUGGCGCAACUUUGACGCUUGGGAGGAGCCUGAUAACCGAGCUCAGCUCGACACUAUAAUAAAGGCCGUGUCUGACGCUCCUACUCCUCGCCGAAUGUUCUUCCAAGCCUUCAUGUCAUUGUUGAAGCUCCACAACAAGACUGAAACUCAACAAGAUUUCAACCGUAUUUGCGACGAGAACAUCCAGCUCUCGAUUAAGAACUGGCACAAGCUUCCCAAGCAGAUAACACAAGCUCACAUUGGGUUGCUACAGAACUUCCAAAACUUGGUUGAAUUGCACGACGCGAGCGUAAUCUGCAGCAGUCUGGCUCAAACCACCUCUGCGAACCUUGAUGUCAAGAGUCAAGAGCUCAAGCUGCUUCUUGGCACUUGGAGAGACAGGCUACCCAACUUCUGGGACGACAUUAACUCGUGGCAGGACUUGGUCACCUGGCGUCAACACAUCUUCCAGCUGAUCAAUAGAACCUACCUGACACUGUUGCCAUCGACGAACCAGGGCAAUGCUACUGGUCAAUCUUAUGCUUACCGUGGUUACCACGAGACUGCUUGGAUUAUUAAUCGCUUUGCACAUGUCGCUCGUAAGCACCAGAUGCCUGACGUCUGCAUCACUCAACUCAGCAGGAUUUACACUCUCCCUAACAUCGAGAUCCAAGAAGCCUUCCUCAAACUAAGAGAGCAGGCCAAGUGUUGUUACCAGAACCGCAACGAGCUCACCAGCGGCUUGGAUGUCAUCAAUAACACCAAUCUUAACUACUUUGGUGCUCAACAGAAGGCAGAGUUCUAUACACUCAAGGGCAUGUUCUUGGCCAAGCUCAACCACAAGGAAGAAGCCAACGAUGCAUUCGGUACUGCUCUUUACUUCGACAUCAAGCUUCCAAAGGCUUGGAGUGAAUGGGGUAGAUACAACGACAUGCUAUUCAAGGAAAAGCCUGAAGAGAGCAUUGAUAAGGCUAGUGCAGCCAUCAGUUGCUACCUUGAAGCUGCUGGCCAGUACAAGAGUGCCAAGUCGAGAAAGCUCCUUAGCAGAAUCCUCUGGCUUCUUAGUUUGGACGAUGCAGAAAACACACUCGCGAAGGCAUUCGAGAACUUCAAGGGAGAAACUCCUGUGUGGUACUGGAUCACUUUCAUUCCUCAGUUGCUCAACAACUUGUCUCGUACCCCUAGCGAGGCCAACAUUGCUCAUGGCAUCCUGAGUAAGCUCGCGAAGACUUACCCUCAAGCACUCUACUUCCAGCUGCGUACCAGCCGUGAAGAUAUGUCAGUCAUCAAGCGAAGUCAAGAGCAGAAGGAAGCUAGAGAGAGGCAGGCCAAAGCCAAACAAUCUGGUGGUGCUGCACCAGCUGAAGGCGCCAAGUCAGAGACCAAGCCCAAUGGAGAUACUGCCAGUGCCACUCCUCAGCCCAAGGUUGAAGGUCAAGAUGCAAGCCAAGCUCCCAAGCCUGAAGCGGCUGAGCCGCCAAAGCCUAAGAAGCCAUGGGACCAUACUGAAGAACUCACCCAGACGCUCAAGACGGCAUUCCCUCUGUUGGCUCUGUCGAUGGAGACUAUGGUUGACCAGGUCCAGAAAUACUUCAAGUGUACUCUGGACGAAGAUGCUUACCGUCUCAUUGUCGCUUUGUUGAACGAUGGCUUGGCCUAUGUCGGCAGAUACCCAACUUCAUACGCUCAAGGUGUGAACUUGCCGCCUUCGACCGAGGCCAAUAUCACUAGAUUCGCAGAAUCUAUCUUGCCAGCUCACAUUCGCAAGUCGUUCGAAGCCGACUUUGUGACUAAGAAGCCAUCAAUGUUCGAAUACAUUGCCAAAUUGCGCAGAUGGAGGGACAGAUUUGAAGAGAAGCUUGAUCGCAGAACUUCCAAGUGGCAUCUGGAACAGACCACUCAUCUGGCUGAAUUCCGCUUCUUGAAGUUUGACGAAGUCGAGGUGCCUGGGCAGUAUCUGCAACACCGUGACAAGAACCAAGACUUUGUCAGAAUCGAGCGAUUCUUGCCUGAUGUCGAGCUGGUCAGAGGCGUCACUGGUUGUCAUAGGAGACUAACCAUUCGUGGUCAUGAUGGAAGUGUACAUCCAUUUGCCAUCCAGCACCCGACAGCCAGGCACAGUAGACGCGAGGAGAGAGUUUCGCAAUUGUUCAGAAUCUUCAACAGCAUACUGGCGAAGAAGAAGGAGAGCAGACGUCGCAACUUGCAGUUCCACUUGCCGCUGAUGAUUCCUUUGUCUCCCGGCAUUCGUAUGGUUCAGGACGAUGCUUCGUACAUCAGUUUGCAAGGAAUUUACGAAGACUAUUGUCGUCGUAAUGGCAUCAACAAGGACGACCCAGUCUUGUUCCAGAUUGACAAGCUCCGUGCUUUGACACCAGUAAGCAAACCCCAAAGCAAAGCAACAGAGCGUGAUACUGACCGUUGGUUCCAGCAAAAACCCGAGCAGGCUGCAAGCAUUCGCCUCGAGACUUUCAACGCAAUUCAAGAGAAGUACGUUCCGAACGACAUCGUUCAGGACUACUUCCAGCAGACGUACCCCUCAUACGACUCGCUCUGGCUAUUCCGUCGCCAGUUCUCUGCACAGUUGGCUGCUCUGACGUUCAUCACAUUCACCAUGCACAUGACGAUGCGUUAUCCUCACAAGAUGUCUAUCUCGAGGGGUACUGGCAAUAUUUGGGGAUCAGAGUUGGUUCCUGCAAUGGCUGCCGCCAAGCCGUACUUCCAUAACCCAGAAGCGGUGCCUUUCCGUCUUACACCCAACCUGCAAACCUUGAUGGGCCCGAUUCAUACCGAGGGUAUCUUCGUCGCCGCUCUGAUGGCCAUCGCUCGCUGCUUGACCGACUCGUCUUCUUCGCCUACCACCUCUACUCCACCCGCCGUUCCUACACCCUCCGGCUCAGGCAACGGAGGCAACAACCAAGACGAGACCGAGAGCAAUACUUCAGACUUGGAGGGCCAAUUGAGCAUCUUCAUUCGCGACGAAAUGAACUUCUGGUCACUACAGCAGCACAAGCAAAGCAUCAAGGAUGGCGAAUUGCGCGAGCAUGUCUACCGCAAUGCUACCGGCAUUGUCAAGAAGGCAGUGGCUAUGGCGAAGGAGCCUGAUGCGAAGAACUUGCCAGCCAGUCAGAGCGUGCUUGACCUCGUGGCCAAGGCUACUGAGCCCAAGAACCUAUGCACAACUGAUGCGUUGUGGCAGGCUUGGCUGUAG